ACUUUUGGUGACAUUUUCCCCUCGCCCCCAUCUUUAGACGAAGCGGAACCCUGGCUGCAUCUCUCCAGCCGCCACUGUGUUUCUUGAACUGCUCAUCAAAGAUCAGAUCCGCUGCCACAUGCUUCCGUCCAGGAAAGAUAUUAUGUCGAAUAUACCUCGACGACUGCGAAAGAUCAAUUUUUCUGAACAUGAAGUAGAAAAUGUGGAGCUCAGUGAAGAUGUCUUACAAGGUCCUCCAGAGAUCGAUAAUAUAUUGCCAAAGAUACCUCAUGAAUCUACUAGCCCAAUUAAGAUAAUCUGGCCCAAUGGAGACAUGCGACAAAUAGUGGGGGCCUUUCGAAGUCAACUUUUGUUAAACUUAAAAGGAGGAAAGAUUAUUGUUGGGACCGAUCGAAAUGGAGUUCCAAAUGAAAGAUCUGGUUCCAUUCUUAGUAGUUAUCUUACUGAACUAGCACAAAAUUCGACAAUUGCGCCAUUGCAUAUUCCAAGAUGGGACAAUGAGAUGUUUGAGCCAAAAAAAACAGGAGAUGAUCAAACUUGUUGAGGUUAAAUUUGUUUACCCCCCCCCCCCCCCGAGACAAAGCAGCUUACACGAGACUGAAUCUUAAUGACACUUGCAAAAAAGUGAAGAGCCUACAAAUCUUUCCUGAAGAAAAAAUAUUACAAUCGCAACACAAGGUCUUUGGAUGAAAUUUGGAAAGAUGUUCCACGUGGUGUUAAUGAGCAUCAAUGGCUUGCUCUUGUUGGAAUUUGGUGUCAGGAUUCCCACAUGAAAAUAUGUCUGAAGAAUUCAGAGUGUGCAAAGCAACAGAAGAAUUCACACACAACUGGGCGAAAGGGCCAUGCUCGGCUCCUAAAAGAGAUGGAAACUGAAAGGAAUGGAGAGGUUAGUAAGAUUGAACUAUGGGAUCGAGCACAUAAAAGAAAGGAGGAUAAUGAUUCUAACAACGUUAACACAAUAAUGGAUACAACUCAUGAUGAGUUAUGUAAAAGAAAAUUAGAUGACAAGGAAAGUCUUUCACCCAGAGAUGAUAGUGAAGUGUCUAAAACUUUACUUGCAAAAAGGACAAAACUUCGGGGAUUUUAUCAUGAUAAGUUUUGGAACCAUGUAAAGGUUUCUCAAGGAAUGACUUUUCUAGAGGAAUCUCACGGAGAGUUCAAACUACGAACUAUUGGAGAUAAUGUAGAAAACAUGAUGGAUGAGUUCCAAAUGAUGCGUGCGUUCCUGGCAAAAAAGUUCCCAGGAGAGGAUUAUAGAGAUGUAAUGGAAGCUGCAGAAAAUAGUGAGGUUGACCUCCAUGGAAGAGCCAACGAUACGAACACCCAACAUGAAAUAAGCAAUGAUAUUCAUGAAUCACCCCACAAUAUGCACACUUCAUCAAAUACUCUCCAGAAAUUGCCUCCUGGGAAGGGUACUAGAAUAAAAGAGGGAUGUGUCAAUUCAUCCUUACCACAUGAGGAUGUGAUUACUAAGGAAGCACACGUGAAAAUUUAUGCUAAAGAAAAUCAAGGUUGUGUAUCACGUGAGCAGGUUACUAAGCAGCAACCGCGUCUAGAUAAUUAUAGCAAAGAGAGUUAUGCCAAUUCAUCUUUAGGACGUCGACGCAUAAUUGCUAUGAAAGCAAAUAACGAAAACUCCACCGAAGCCGAUCAAGGUUGUGAUAUAUCAUCUUUCUCUCAUAAUCAACCUUCGAGUAAGUUACAGGAUAAAUUUGAAGUCUUUUUGUUUUCGGCAAACCCGAGAAACAAAAAUAAAGUUGUAGCGAUAGGAUCUUUGAUUACUCAAGAUAAAACAUAUGUGGUUGGAGGAAACAUGCUUGGAGAUGAAUAUUGUGCAGUUCUUGUUAACAUUCCUACACCUAUUGCGGAUGAAAAAUUGCCUAGACCGUAUGAAGAUAUUCAAACUGUCAGAGAUGCUUUGGGUCAUGUUAUCGCUUGGCCUAGGUUCUAUAUCAAAAAGAAGAAAUUGAGCUCAAACCAGCCAAAUAGUAACCUGGUCAAAUCUGGAGCUAAGUAGGACUGAAAGUGAUGAAUACGGAGAGGGCAAAAGCUUUAGUUUCUGGCUCCAUAAAUCUAUGGACGGAUAUUCAUGAGUAUUUUUUUAGAGAUAAUUGUAAUAUAGGAUUUUAUUGAUUUGUACUCUUCAUCAUCUUUCCUGAUGUAUCUGUGAAUUAUUUAUAUGGAUAUACUACUAAGUUUCAAAUUUUAUUAGUAUUAAUGAAUUUAUUUUUGUUUGCUCUAUAU